GUACACCGAUUCUGAACGUACUUGUAAUAACAACUCCGAUUGUGCUUCAGUCACGUGUCCAUCCUGACAACCCGUUUGUUGGAUUGGUAUUUGUGAAUGCCCUCCUGGCAAGUAUAUGGCAUCACCUGAUGAUACCAACUGUGGUGUUGCUAAUCUCAUUGAAUAUUGCAAAGCAAAAUGAGAAGUAG